ACUGGUCAAAGACAGUGAGAGGACGUGAAAGGGUAAAUCCCUGUGCCCCGCAGUCCUAUCUCCCGCCCUGACGUCCCUGCACACCGGCCAGAGGGUUAACCGUAAGCGUGUGCCUGUAUGGCCGCUUUACUGAUGCCACGCAGGAACAAAGGAAUGAGGACCCGCCUGGGAUGCCUGUCUCACAAGUCAGACUCGUGUAGCGAUUUCACAGCUAUUCUUCCCGACAAACCCAACCGUGCUCUAAAGAGACUAUCCACAGAAGAAGCCACGAGGUGGGCAGAUUCCUUUGACGUGCUUCUGUCCCAUAAGUAUGGGGUGGCUGCAUUCCGCGCCUUCUUGAAGACGGAGUUCAGCGAGGAGAACCUGGAAUUCUGGCUGGCGUGUGAGGAGUUCAAGAAGACCAGGUCAACUGCAAAGCUGGUCUCCAAGGCCCAUAGGAUCUUUGAGGAGUUUGUGGAUGUGCAGGCUCCAAGGGAGGUAAACAUAGACUUCCAGACCCGAGAAGCCACGAGGAAGAACAUGCAGGAGCCAUCCCUGACUUGCUUUGACCAAGCCCAGGGAAAAGUACACAGCCUCAUGGAGAAAGACUCUUAUCCCAGGUUCCUGAGGUCCAAAAUGUACUUAGAUUUGCUGUCCCAAAGCCAGAGGAGGCUCAGUUAGACCUCAGAUGGGGACUCUUGGAGAUCACUGGCUUUUCCCCUCCCUUUUGCUGCCAAGACCAUAUUCUAACGUGAAAUGUCAUAGGUGUUCAAAAAGCAAUGGUGUUUAGGUUGGGAGCCUGGGAGUGAGAAGUGGAUGAAAGGCCAUUCCAAAGUAAGAUCCAGUCACCAGAGCU